GUAGACCGUGCGCACUUCGCCCCGCGAAAUCCCUACGACGACCGCCCCCAGCCCAUCGGCCACGACGCCACCAUCAGCGCGCCGCACAUGCACGCCGCCGCCUGCGAAUCGCUGCUCCCCCUUCUUUACCCAGGCGCACGCGUGCUGGACAUCGGGAGCGGCAGCGGGUACCUGACGGCGGUGCUGGCGCAGCUCGUCGGCGCGGGCGGGCGGGUAGUGGGGAUCGACCACGUGCAGCCGCUGGUCGACAUGGCGCGCGCGAACAUGGCGCAGAGCGAGGCGGGGCGGGAGAUGCUGGAGUCUGGGCGCGUGAACUUUGUGCUGGGCGACGGGAGGGAGGGAUGGGCUGAGGGUGCGCCGUAUGACGCGAUUCAUGUCGGUGCUGCGGCGGCCGAGCAUCACGCUGCGCUGACGGCCCAGUUGAAGGCCCCUGGACGCCUGUUUGUGCCUGUGUGCGAUGGGCCGAGGCAGCAUAUUUGGCUUGUGGAUAAGAGAGAGGAUGGCACCGUGGAGCAGACGAGGUUGUAUGGCGUGCAGUACGUGCCGUUGACCGAUGCCCCGGGAACAAGUGACACCGAAGAGUGACAUUGUCACGUUUCUGCAAUGACGAUUCUGGAACGACUUUCUGUAACGAGUUCCUGGAACGACGUUCUGCAACGACGUUCUGCAACGACGUUCUGCAACGACGUUCUGCAACGACGUUCUGCAACGACGUUCUGUAACGACUUUCUGUAGACAAGUGGACAGCGACGAGGACUAGUGCCAAAAAGCAGUGCAUGGCCGUUUGGCAGGAGAUGCCUUCAACAGCACAUAACAUCAAUCAAAUUGAA